GAAAGUUUCUAUACUGCGGAAUCUGUGAAGCUGCGUUCGGCCAGCUUUGAAAAGCGGAGUCAGGUUAUUUUGUACUGUGAGAAGUGCGCGAUAGCGAGUGGACUGCAGCCUUGAGGGGGAAAUACAGAUGCUGCGUUGCAGUAAUAUGGCAUGGCGACAGCAGCUCUUUACUGCUGCUGCCAUUGAAAGAUCAAGAGUCACGUUCGUCUGAGCCGUUGACGUGAAUGCUGCGUUCGCACAAGAAGCCUAGCCUAUUUUGGAUAUUUAUCCUUUGGACAAGAAGAGAAACGUUUUGCCAGUGCUACCAAAUCGAGCAUUUUCCACUGGAAUGAUGGCGGUGCAACUGUUCAAUCACCUUCUGCUUCUGUGCUGGUCAGGACGUCAAAUUGCGCUUUCCGGAGCGGAGGCCGUUCCCGGCUUGAGUGCUUACGACGACCCCGUGAGGCGCACCAACUUGUACUUCGACGAGCUGCUGGCAGUGGCGCUAAAGGAAGAGGCUGCAGGCCUGGACACGCGGCCACUGCCGGCUUUCGCAUUCGCCUUCGGCCGACUGCAGCGUCACGUGGCCAACUUCACUCGCAUCAAGGUCACAGGCCUGUCGGGCGGCGUGCAGCGGUACGGUGAUGCCAGCGCCCCCGGGUACCUACGCGGCAACUUGACCACGGGCUCGUACAUACGCUUCGAGGAUGCCUCUGUACACUGCGGGGGACAUGUGCGCCUCAAUGGCAUGUUCCAGGCUCAGUUCGUGGACCUGCAACUGCUGCUCAAGUACACCGUGGCGCUGGUCGAGGUGAUGGGGUUCCCGGGGGACAGGCCGAACCUCCUCACCUUCCAGCUCGCUUCAGCUGGCGUCAACCUGACCGCGGUCAGCCCGGACAGACGACCACCCGUGGACGAAGAGGAACUCCGGCAGCUGAUGGAGUCCGGACGUGCUGCCGUGCGGGCUUCCACCGAGCACUUCCUGAACACCGAGUUUCGGGCUGCACUGCAGAGGGCCGUGGCACGAAAGCCCAUGCCAAAGCCCUGAGCCAGGAUUCACCCCGGCGUCAGGCAUCGCCCACACAAAUUAAUGCACUCGCUGCUGGGCAAGCAGGCGCGGCUUACUGCAUCAUUUUUUUUUUCCAACGUUGCCUAUAGCAGCCGCAAGCGAUCGUGUAGUAUACAUCAGUUUGAAUGUUCGUACAGGUUUCUGACUUUGCUGUUUUAUUUUUUUGCCGCCUCGGUUGCUUGGUGGCUUUGGCACUGCAUUGCUAAGCACGAGGUCGCGGGAGCGAAUCCCGGCCGUGGCGGCCGUAUUUCGAUCGCGGCGAAAUGCAAGAAUGCCCGUGGCCGUGCACUGUGUGUGCGCUAAAGAACACCAACUAGCCGAAAUCAAUCCGGAGUCGCCCACUACGGCGUGCCUCACAAUUAAAUCGC